AGGUUCCAGGUCGGAAUUGUUUACCUGGUUGCCAUGGAGACCAGGGGUUUGAAGGGACCUCACGUCAGUUGGCCCUGCCAUUGCCUUCCUGGACGCCAAGAUGGGCAGAGGGCUCUCCAGGCAGCUCCAGCAGGGGCCGCCCCCCACAGAGGACGCUCCAGCCCAGGACCCUCCGCGCGCCCCCCUCAGGACGGCCUCGCACACGUCAUGGUUCAGGAAGGUCAGGACGAGGCACCCACAUCGCCGCGUGGGCCCCGAAAACACAGAGGAUGUUCCUGUGGCUCCUCCAAGACCUCCCGAGCCACAAGGAACUUGCGCGGAGGAGCCCUCUCUCCAGACGCACAUCAAGCCACCAGGAACCUGCGCGGAGGAGCCCUCUCUCCAGACGCACAUCAAGCCACAAGGAACCUGCGCAGAGGAGCCCUCUCUCCAGACGCACAUCAAGCCACAAGGAACCUGUGCAGAGGAGCCCUCUCUACCGUCGCACAUCAUUGAAGUGAGGCCAGCGUCGAAGCCUCGGAGUUCAGCGUGGCGUUUCCUACAGUGUUUGAGACUCGGAUUACAUUUUGCAACCCUUGAAAGGCUUCUGCUCACUAGAGUGGCUGUGAACACCAUGCUCCGGCGCCUCCACUCCAUUUUCUCCCUACGGCGACCGAGAGGACGAUCCUUCCUCCCUCUUACUGCCGUCUCCUCCUACCCCUUCCUCUCCAACCGAGCUGACCACCAAAAUAAUCCUCCACGCUCAGUGACGGAUGAACACGAGCGAGCGGAUAGCGAACGAUAA